CCGUCAAAAAUCUAUAGUACCAGUUUAUUAUUUCUCUGCGAAGUUCGCCACAUCAGUUUCAGAAAAUGAGCUAACCUUUCAGAGCCUUCAGAAAUUCGUACAGCAAGGCUAGAUGGAGCUCAUAUUCUGAUCAAGGAAUGGUAGGAGCCAGUUUCAAACCCAGCCGACAACACACGACGACAAUUGUCGCUCAGCAUCCGACAGAGACACAGGCAAGGUACACAGCCGACUUGAGUGCAAGUGGAGGCAGUGUCGAACUGAGGAACUAUCUGCUAAAUGCACCUUCCUUAUUAGGAAGUGAACACACUCCUGAUAAUUUUGCUAGAUCCUUGGGCGCUGGUAGUGUGAGUAGGAGCUCCCAGGCACCUCCAGCCGGCCGCUCAUUUCCCCGAGGACUCCCUCUCCGUCCACAAGCCAGAAGUCAGUCCCUACAGCCUACAAUGAGCUCCGCAGGCAUCGAGGGCGAAAGGGGGUUGUUGUCGUUGAAUAUGGCGAGUGACAGUAACAGCCAAUCGGCAUCGGCGUCGCGGAAGAGUUUCGGUAGCUCCCAACGGAAGAGCAUCGUGGACAUGGUGCGAGAGAGCGAAAAACUGCCACGACUGUCUCUAGCCGCCAUUCCAAAACAACUGAACGCGAAUGUUUGUGUGAAAUGUGCCGCACAUCACAAGAACCACUGCCAUGGCCAGCCCAACGAUAUACACAAGGCCACUAAGAAGGACAUCACUAAGACCAGAGACUACAAGGAGACCAAAAGAAGGGAGAUCGAAUCAGCGCGGAAGGCUGUUGGGGGAAAGAUGCGAUGAUCUGUCAUGAACAGAUUUCCUUUGUGGAAUAAUUUGAGUGAAAUGAAGUGAAGAGAACUAGAAGAAAAUUACCUCCUCCCUAAAAUCGUUAAAUGGUCUCUCUGAAGGGGGAAGAAACACAAGUGAAAACAUCUGAGUAAAUAACUAUGGCAAUCCACGUUUUCAUAUCUGUUUUAAUAACUAAAUUGUAGAAUCAUUAUAAAAUUUACCAUUUUUGUUGUUAAUUUAUUAGUUGAACUUAUCAUGA